CACUCCAUGGCAAUGGGAGCAUGAAAGCAGCCGCAGAACGGCCCGGAAACAAGAAGGGAGGCGCUUAUUAUAUUUGGGUCAGUGCCCAGCGUCCAAGUCAUCUUACGACAGUUUCCAUCUUGCUUUGCAACGAAUAAAAAGCGUUGCCAAGUAACACCUUUCUAAGUCCGCUGAGGAAGUGAGCCGGUUUGCAGUGCGAAGAGCAGGUCAGCACUGCGGGAGCAAAGUUACUGCAAAGCUCCAGUUUGAGGGAUUCCAUCUAAGAAGGGCGAAAGCAAACACCGCGUUAAGGAAGAUGAUGCAAAUUAUGGAUACUUACAACCAGAAGCACUCCCUGUUCAACGCUAUGAACAAGUUUAUCGGUGCGGUCAAUAACAUGGACCAGACGGUAAUGGUGCCCAGCCUAUUGCGGGAUGUCCCUCUGGAAGAUGAAGGCAAGAGCGAAGUCAACGGCGUUUCCAGUACCGGAGCGUCUAACUAUUACUCUGAUAAGCGGGAUAUGUACAACUACUACGUCUUGCUGAAAUCCAUCAAGAACGAUAUAGAGUGGGGUGUGGUGCAACUGGACGAUAGGAAGAAAGAUAAAGCCGCCACCAUGGACAUUAGGGUGGACGAGGCGGAAGGAGAAGAAGACUUGCAGAAACAAUUCCACUAUCAUCUAAAUGGAUUAUACACCGUCCUGUCAAAACUGACCAGAAAAGCGAACACUCUAACUAACCGCUACAAACAGGAAAUCGGUUUCGGCAGCUGGGGACAUUAAGCACAGAUCAAGUUACCAGUACUAAUGAAGUUAAGCCAAACCAAGCCUAACUGAAGUUGCAAGGUUAUUUUCUGCUCUGCUCCAAAAACGGAUUUAACUUGAUCACUUAAUAAGCCCUUUUCUGUGUUUUCGUCUUAUUGCUGGGAGAAGGGAAGGCUUUGUAGGACGUGCUUGAGAAAUAAAACUUUCAUGGAACUGAAGCGUGGUUAUGAGCGGCAGUGCCGGUGGAAAUUACAUCAUUUUACUUUGCACUACUUUGUACUAUAUAUGUGAUGUAUAAAAUUGUAACGUGUCUUGUAAACCGUUUACUCAUUUUUAUAAGCGCACAAAAUUGACGCGUUUCUUUUACAAUCUCUGGUGCAUGAGUUUGUAAAAUACGCUUCUGAAGAGGGCUUUAAGAUCCCUGACAAAAUGAGGCUAUUGAAAGGGCCAAUGAAAUGACAGAGCUGCAUAGUUACUCGUGUGUGAUAAGUUGCUGCGUGGAACCGACUGAAUUUCUGCUAAAAGAUAAUGAGGUUCCUUACUAUCAUCAACCUAUUUUUCUUAUUUAAACCCUACUUUUUGUACAGGGUGGUAUAUUAAAACCUAUAUGUUAAAAAUAAAGGAAAAUAGUGAGAUCUUCACGAGCUUGUGGUAAAUUUGAAAUUCACAGUAGAAGAAGUCGAUCAUGAAAAACUGGUGAAACGUAUCUGACUGGUAGAGUUAAGCCUGUUUUCUUUUGGAACCAAGUCAAGCAUUGAAGCUUUUAAUUCGGUUUGGGAGGAGUACAUAAUUUCUCUUAUUACUCAGCACCAGCUACAGAAAGCCUGCCCACAGAAACUUGUGCAAUGUGCUGUCUGAUUAAAGGCGGUCUUGAGUGGAUUGUUUCAGGUUGUGGAAGCAUUUGUCAGUCCUGCCGCAUUCUUUCCCCGCCUUUUUACAACUGCGAGAAAUCCUUGCCCGGGCAGCUCCAUGACUAUUAGCUUCCUCUUGGCUGUAAACUAUACCGCCGACAGCAAAAGCUUGGAUUUUGCCUCCUUGCACUGAUCAUUGGUUGACUUGAGCCUGGAGCUUUGAUUAUAUUGCAUUGCGUCUGUUAUUACAAAAUCCUACCGAAUUGGGUGGAUGUGAUUUUGUUGAAAUGAAGGACCCUAAGGGAAACAAUGCGCCCGCAGAUCAGGGUGCGUCAGACACAAAUAUAAGCGGAAGCAUUUAAGAUAAUUUUAAAAGAACUAUCCUUGAUAAAACAUGCAAGAUCAUUGAUCUAAUGACACAAUGAGGAAAGGCUUAUACGGAAUGUUACAAUUUUAAGUUUCAGCACAGCUUGUAUGUGUGUAUAUAUAGGAAAUAAAGAUGUAAAGUUCAAAAUAUGUAUUUGGAAUAGUUGUACGUCAAAACUCUGGCACCAUUAAAGAUGGGCAGUA